CACAACAGUGAGUCGCGGCCAGCACCCAGUGGGAGAGGAGCUCGGAGCCAGACAGGCUGACGCACCAGUUCAUCACUGGAUCUCACUAUAUCUCAUUCAGGACUUAACACACGCAGGGGAACACGAGCUGUUAAACAGGGGCUGUCCUUUCCGUCGUACACACUAACUUGGUCAGGGAAUUUAAGAACAGAAAUGGACUUCAUCCUGCCACCUACUCUGCCAGCCGGUGGUAUCCCAUGGGAGAAGGUUUUACCACCUCUCAUUCCUCGGCUGAAUGGUACCUAUGGACAAUAUAAUUGGUCGCCGAAAUUACUGAUACCAGAGACUGAUAAUACCAGCCCUGCAGAGGUGAACUGUGAUGACACUGGAUUUACAGUUCAAGUUGAUGUUAAGCAUUUCAACCCAGAGGACCUCAUGGUUAAAGUCAUAGGGGACUUUAUAGAGGUUCAAGGAAAGCAUGAAGAAAAGAAGGAUGGUCCUGGGUUUACAACACGGCAGUUUAACCGCCGCUACCGAAUCCCAAAGGGAGUGGACACCAUGGCUUUGGAGUCAGCAGUCUCUCCAGAUGGCAUCCUUAUCAUAUCUGCACCUAUGCUGGAAAAUGACAACUCCAGAUCCCUGACCUAAUCACAUUAAUAC